AUGUCAUCAUCAUCAUCAUCAUCAUCAUCAUCAUCAUCAAACACGGCGAUGGCGGUGUUGGUGCCGGCAGCACUGCAGCCGCUGGUGGUGGACGGCGGGGCGGAACUCGUCGUGGAAAAACGCACAGGCGGUCGGAAACGUCUUUUCGUGCGGCUCCCAGACGAGGCAGAGCGGCGACAGCGGGCAGCACUCGAACACACGAACCCCAACACUAAUUUAAAUGCUAAUGCCCAUACAAAUAGACAUCAACACGCUCUUGAGCAGUUGCGUUGGGCCCGUGCCACUCUUUGGCACGAUGAUCGUCUUCGACGUUAUUUACGUACUGCCGAUUACAUGACGUGGCCAUCUGUUAGUGAACUCACCGCAAUGGUAGAUCUCGUCUGCUCUGCAAAGGAGACGGAUGAGGUACCUGAUUUUGUUGGCGCUAGUGCACUUAAGAGGGCAGUAAAGAUCAUCGCCGCUGAGGAUCUCUACCCCGGUUUGCACCCAUUGAAGGAGGAGACACUUACUGGGAAGCUAUUGGCCUUUGCGUCAACAUCUGGUGAUGGUUGCGCAAUUGGUGAAACACUACAUGAAGUGAAUCCAAAGAAAAAACAAAAGGAAAAUAAAGAAAAAGAAGAAGAAUCUACUACGAGUUCAGUUUGGGUUAUAGAUUUAAAUACACAAUCCUUUUCCCUUGAUGAGGUUACACGUCUUCAGCUUACAAUGUCUGUACAGGAAGAAUGUGUAAAAAUUAUACAGCCCAGUCUGGCUGUUGCAAGCUGUGGUAAUUCUUGGAAAGAUGUAGUUGCGGUACAUCGUCGUAGUAUAGAUGCGCAUUAUGUAAGUCUAUUUUGUAGUAUCCCAGAUUGUAUUACACAUUUUGGUAUAAAAGCGGAUUAUUUAGCAAAGGCUGUAAGUAAUGCAGCACAGCAGGGACACCGUGUCCGUUUACGUCUUGGUGUUUACCUUACCUUGAUACAUCGAAAUGAAGUGUAUGUGAUUAAACGUUCAUCUCAACAAGGUAUUGUAAUGGAGGAUGAAGAAGAGUUAAAGGUGAGUUUUGAAGGGAAAACAAGAAAAAAUUUUGAUAUGUACAAUGAUGCUGGAUUACUUUUACAUACGUCAGAAGGGGAAAAUAUUGAGAAUAUACUCCGUUCACGUUUUUUAAGUCCUCUUGCUUCUGAAUGUAAAAUUUCCGAGUCGGUGGCACUCACUGCCUUCACAACGAUGACCCAUGUAGUGGUAGAACACAAUCCUAUUGCUAUUAUUCACGGUUCUCGCGUAACAGGUGUAUUUCCAGAAAAUAAUGAGGCACGUGCCGAUUUAGUGGAGUUACUUGCAUCUCGUGAAGGAGUUAUAAAUAAUCGAGCAGCACAACAACAACAACAACAACGUUAUGAACAGAAGAAUACGACGGAAACUAUGUCGUCUUCAUCCUCUCUUGCGUUAACGGGCGAGCAGCUUCGCCGUGGUGUGGAUGAGGCAGUCUUUAAGACACUUUCACAAGAACCAAUGACGAAAGUAGCAUUGAGUGCACAUGUGAAUAUGUCACGAUUCCGAGGUCUCUCUAAUUUUGAUGCAGUUUUGAAAGAUUCAUUAAAGAGGAACACUGAAUACCGUGGGAAGAAAUAUUACCUGAAGGAUUAA